AUGGCCAACGGCGGUCGCCUCGAGCUCGUUCUUGUAGUUCCAACACUAGCCAUCGUUGCCAUCGCCACAGUCGGAGUUUACCGCUUGCGGUUCCACCCCCUAGCAUCAAUUCCAGGUCCCAAGUUAGCGGCGCUGUCCGAGGAGUGGCUCUAUCGACUUUCGCAAGGCCCUAACAUCGAAGCGCAGUUGAAAGAGCUUCAUUGCAAGUACGACAGCAACGUUAUCCGUAUUGGUCCCAACGAGGUACAUGUGAUCCAGCCUGAGCUGUACAAGGUCAUUUACAAUCAAACUGCGCCUUUCAAGAAAGCUUGGUCGUUCUACCGAGCCUUUCACAGGCCCCAUAGCUUGACUACGGAAAUGGACCCACAAGCGCACAGGAACCGGCGACGUGACCUGAAUCGCUGCUUUUCGAAGCGAGCCGUUGAUAACUUGAGUUCAUUGAUACUGGAGAAGAUCUCGAAGCUCGAGAUCAAACUAAGACGGAUGAACGAAACUUUCGAUAUGCACAAUGCCAUCCAUUGCAUGACUGUCGAUGCUAUUUCCGAUUAUGCAUUUGGCAGCGACUCCAACAUGAUCGAGGCAUCCAAAAACUCUUUUGAUGCCGAUUUUCUCGACGUCAUUCACUCAAACCUACUUGUGUUUCCGGAGAUGCUUUUCCGACCUGUUUUAACGGCGUGCAAACUUUUCUUGCCGGCUCCGCUAUUGGCAAAAAUCGACGAGAAUCUUGCGAAAUUUCUGAAAAUGAACGAGUGGGCUCAAAGCUGCAUAGAUAAGUACAAUGCUUUGCCUAGCGACGAGAGGGCAAGGACUGAGCACCCCGUGAUGUUCGACAGUCUCCAAGAUAUCUCGGACGAGGCCAAGAAGUUCAUUGCAGUUGAGUUUCUUGUGGCCGGUUCGGAUACGAGUGCUCUCACGAUCACAUACGCCAUUUAUCAUAUUCUUUCGAACCCCAAAAUCAAGGAAGAGCUUCUACGUGAGCUCGAAAAGGCCCUGCCUACUCUCGAAACAUCCCCGGUGCUUCAAGACUUGGAGAAGCUUCCGUUUUUGACUGGCUGCAUCAACGAAGCCUUGAGACUGGCAUGUCCCGCCCCGGGAAGAUUGCCGAGGGUUGUUCCAGAUGAAAAACCACUAGUAGUGGACGGGAAGGCAAUUGCUCCAGGAAGCCAGAUGAUUGUAGGAAUGUCCGCGUUCAACUUACAUUUUGAUCAAAAGAUUUGGGGUGAAGAUGUUUUGGAGUUCAAACCGCAUCGAUGGCUCUCCCGAGAGGGUGAAAGGCUAGACCAGUGGCUUGUUCCAUUCUCGAAAGGCACGAGAGCGUGCAUCGGACAGAAUCUGGCUCUAGCUGAGAUCAGGAUGACUAUUGCCGUGCUUUUCCGAAGGUGGGAGCUGGAGCUACCUCCAGGCGCAAAGCUCGGUCGUAAGAUAGAUCGCUUCGUCACCCUUCUUGACAACCCUGGGCUUCCAAUGACCUGCAUGGCUAAGCUUGCUUAG